CCCGAGGCGGAUGACACCGGACCUGCCAGCAUUUACCCUCGCCAGUAUCGUCGCGAUCGUACGCGCUUCUAAUCCUCUCCGAUGCUCAACAGGGGUGAGAUCUGACCCCCGAAAGUAGGCGACACGUGAGAACCGAGUCGGUUAAGUUUUAUUGUUUAUUUUUUUACGAUCGUGGAAGACAGUGAACCACCUGUGAAUGGAUUUAUAGAUUCCACCUGAGGAUACUUGUGCACGUUACUACAUUAGAUCAACAGAACUGACGUUCGGGUAAUAUGGCAAGUAACAUUCUCGAGUAGUUUGGAGGUAAUGUACCUGGCUGGAUUCUUGCGAUUGAUGACUAUUUGAUGUCUUGAAACCUAUCGGCAUGAAAUACUUGAAAGUCGCGCUGUUCACCUUCAACUUAAUAAUAUGGUUGGGCGGAUGUACAGUACUCGUGAUUGGAGCAUGGCUGCUGCUGGAACCAAGCAGAGGACAUCUCUUAAACCUUUACGUAGAUGACACGACAGCAAAUGGCGCUAUUAAUCUAAUAGCGUUCACUUUGCUCGGUCUCGGCUUCACGGUGCUCUCAGUCGGUUUCUUCGGAUGUCGAGUUGCUUUGCACGGAAAUCAAUGCAUCCUGUGUACCUACAUGAGUAUGCUGGCGGUGUUGAUCAUCAUCGAGCUAGUAACCGCGAUAGUCAGCGGAUUAAUAACAUUCCGGACACUUUCCGGAUUGGAGAAGCGUUUAAUCGACAAAUUGGCCAAUGACUAUGGCCACGAACACACCAGUGACCUCUCCUUUAGCCAUAGUCUCGACUUCGCGCAAUAUAAGUUUAAUUGCUGUGGAAUACAUGGCUACGAGGAUUACAAUGGCACGGCCUGGUGGAGAGACGGGCAAAUUUCGGGGAAGAGAAGACAGGUCCCUCUCACGUGCUGCGUGUUGAAAAAUACUGAGAUGAAGAAUACAGGAAGUCCAAUGAGCGUGGUCACAAGGGUAUUUCGCAAACAUGAUGAGAAACCGUGGUUAAAUCCAAAACCAAAGGACGAAGCAGCGUGUCAAGUAGAGGAUGAAGAGGGUCACGACGGAUUUCGACAUAAAGAGGGUUGUCUCGGCAAAGUCACCAACUGGUUACAAUACGAAAGUUUCACUCUAGUAUUUCUCGGAAUGGCGAUAGCAGGCAUACAGACAUUCGGUAUAAUAACUUCGGCGUUCCUUUGUCGAACUAUAAGGGACAUGCAGGUGGAUUGAAACGUUGCCUCCAUGAAAGGCACAAAGCGGUAAGAAGGAUCGAAUUCGGGUUCCCGUCGGAUAUCGGACACGUUAUUUUGAUGUUUCAUCCGUUACACUUCCGGCGAUCUUGCAAUGGAGACAUUCGGUCAAUGGGAACAACGAUACACGUGAUAAUAACAGGACGAUUACAAUAAGAGUUCAAAGGAUUCUCGAAUCCUUCAGAGGAUAUUUUAAUUUAAAUGAUGAUCAUGUCAAAUUUAGGGGACUGUGGGGCAAUGGUGCACAGACUAUUUCGAAUUUCGCGCAAAUUAAACUUUAUUUGUUAUUCAAUUUUUGUUAUUAGAAUUUCUCGUUAUUCAAUUUU